AUGGAUAUCGAAAAGGAAGACGACAAAAGUAAGAUCGACUUUAGUUCCGACACUAGUAAGAAAGACAUUGUGACAGAAAAUGGCGAAAAUAGUAGUUUAAGCCCGAAUCUUGAUCACAGUGAUACCUUACACAAACUUCCUGAUGAAAGUUUAGCCGACCUACUUCCAGUCGCCAAGAAAGUUGCCAUUGCAACUGGUGCUGAACAAUACAAUAUUUUGCAGAACAACGGUCGGCUUGCUCAUCAGGAGGUUGAACAUGUUCAUAUCCACGUGAUUCCCAAACCGAAUGAAAAGGAGGGUUUAAAAAUCGAGUGGCCACUAAAAUCUUUGGAAAAUGGAGAGGCCAUUGCUCAAGAAAUGAUUGAAAGGUUAAAAGCAAGUAAGAGUUGA